AUGUUGUUGUUCUUGCUGCGUAGAAUCUUCGACUGCAGAUAUAAGUACAAACUUUUUGUGAAAGCACUCGUUCUUUUCCUCACUAUCGUCUAUAACGCGGGAUUGGUGCACUUUUUCUUCCGCACCACUUCAUUGGAUGAUUCUCCCGAAAUGAAUCAUGUCGAUUAUGUCGCCCAUGUCAUCGUUAUGCCAAUCGUUUUAUCCAUAGGAAUGAUAAAUCAAUGUCUGAAUGUGUGCACACUUCUUCACAUUCGAACUAGCAUAUUCCUCUACUUGAAAGCUUCGGCUAUUGCCGAUAUUUUAAGUAUUGUCGCAUUUAUCCCAUUUCUUUUCCGACAUGCCAAGCUGAUAGACCCAUCAUGGGAGCUCGGGAUGUUUUAUCAUGCUCAUUUGGAGCUUCCGCUCAUAAACGCACUUAUUUCUGCAAGUGCGUUGAAUAUUGUUGCCAUGACAGUGGACAGAUAUGUGUCAGUUUGUCAUCCAAUUAAAUUUUUUCAAAACAAUGAGACAAAGCCAUCCCGUCGUCGUACCAUGCUCAUCAUUGUCAUGAUCUACUUUAUUGCACUGAUGAUAUAUUUUCCAUCAGUCUUCCAAAAGAAGCUUGGUGUCGUGACGGAUGCUCUCACCAACAAAACGAUCUACACAAUUGUUCGCAACGAAGAUGUGGAGGCACUUCAAGUUUUUAAAUUCUAUCUUAUAGUAAGAGAAUGUAUCUGCCGCUGGGGUCCCGUUCUACUUCUUGUUAUCCUGAACAUGUGCGUCGUUCGUGGCCUGCGGAAAAUUGACAAACGUAAUUGGUUCUGGAGACAGCCAUCACAAAACAGUCGGACUGAAACAUUAGCUCAACGCCAACUUCGGUCGCCGCGCGAUGAUCGCAGUCGUAUAUCAGUUCUUCUGUUCGUUACAUCUGCUACUUUUAUCAUCUGCAAUAUUCCUGCCUCCGUUAUAUCUUUCUUCGUUCGACGAGUUAGUGGUUCAUUGUUUUGGCAGAUAUUCCGUGCCAUUGCAAAUCUUCUUCAAGUCACAAGUUAUCUCUACAACUUCUACCUUUAUGCUCUGUGUUCUUCUGAAUACCGUCACGCAUUUCUCCGACUAUUUGGAUGUAGAUCAAGCUUAUCGCCAACUUCCACUGGCGACUCUCCAACCGUUCGAGUCUCAGUUCACGGAAAGCGAUGUCAUCAAGCUGUCGUCCUUCUUGGAAACGAGAAUCAUGAAAAUCCAGUGGAUGAAGUUUAAUCGUUGUUAUCAUAUACUUCUAGUUGCUUUCCUUUUCAUUUUACUCAAAAAUUUGUUUCCGGCCUUCUUUCAAUUGCUUCCAUCAAUAGAUCUCUGUUCUGAAACGGUUAACUUUCAAUUGUGAUUCUCAAAAUUCUUGUCAACCUAUUCCUUAUCUGUUCUCCUCAUUUCCAAAUUUCUGUCUUAGGUGAUUUUGAAUGACCGGUUGUUCUUUACUUUUUUUCUGUUGCUCCAAAAACGUUUUCAUUUGAACACAUUCCAAUUUCUUUUUACAUUACCUUUUUUGUUGCAUAUCUUACUGAUUUGGACCUUUUUUGUUCAAUUUUUCACAUUUAAUACCGUUUUUUUACAAUAAAAAAAUGUCCGGAUAA